GAUGUUCUGACCCAUAGCCCAGCUGCGCUCGGUGCAGGAGGAGCUGGACAGCCUGGAGGAGGAGAAGGCCAGCGAGCUUUGGGAGGCGCAGGGGGAGCUGCGUGUAGCUCAGGAGGAGGUGCAGGAGCUCCAGCAGGCGGCGGAGGAGGCUGCAGCCGAGCGGGAAAAUGACAUCGCUCUGCUGCAGGAGGAGCUGUGCCGUCUGCGCGCCGAGCUGGAGCGUCUGCGCGGCACCACACAGGAGUACGAGCUGGAGCUGACCACGCUGAGGGCCGAGAUCAGCAUGAAGAGCCAAUGCAGGGAGGAGCGGGAGAAAGCCGCAGGUGAGGGUGAUGUGGACCAACUGAUGGAGGAGUGUCGCUCUUUGAAGGACGAGUGUCAGACGCUAAAAAAUGGCAACAAGCAGCUCUCUGAGAAACUUGAGAUGCUAGAACAGCAGAGAGCCAGCUCCAGUGACUCAUAUCUGAGCUUAACAACGGAACAGAACGAUGGAGAUGACACACAAAAUGACGGAGAAAAGGAGGAGAAGACCGAAGCUUACGUGAGCACGUUGGGGGUAGAACAAGGUGGAAAAUGGGUGGACGCCUAUACCCAGAAGAACAUCUCGUUUGAGGGGAAACCCGUCACCCCGACGGGCCGGAGUGGAGGAUUUUCUGAAGUGUUUUCUCUUAAAGACCAGCUGAAGCAAGCUGAGGAGAAAGCCUCACAGGUUCAGAGAGAGUGUGAGGGACUCAAAGGAGAGCUUCUUGAACUUCAGGGGCUUUACGAGUGCAGCCAGAGGGAGAGGGCGGGGCUGGAGGCGGAGCUGCAGCGCUGUAGGAUGGAGCUAGAUCGGUUGGGUGGAAGGAAGGCUCAGAUUGGGCUGGCUGUGCGGUGUGGGCAAGGAUCUUUAAAUGCCAAGAUGGCAACCUUGGCUCACCGUUCAUAUGCCGGAGGCUCGAAUCGAGCACAAGGAAUGGUUGUAAUAAUGGGCCUGAUAUGGUGCUGCUGGAUGGAGCUCUUGUCCUAAAGGGGGAAAGGAGAUUGAGGGAGACUGGAACCUGGUGAUGGUUGUUGCCGUGGCAGCAGCAGCAGUUCUACUCAUUCCCUGUUUGACCAGAGCCCUGGCCUGAGAGCUGGACAGGAAGUGACCUCAUCCACAACCAUCAGCUCAACCCAUGGUACACAAUCACCUAGACCACAUUUAACCACAGAUGGGAAUCGAAACCAUCAUGCACCAGUGUCAUAUGGAAACACAGUGACACGCUGCUUCCAAAUUUGACGCUUUUUGAUGUGCAUUGUAAUGCUGGUUGUUUGCUGUCUCAACUGCUUUGUUCUGCUUCUGUAGACAGUCAUAUUUGUUUCGACUAGCAGUGCUACAAUCACUGAUACCGUGGAGAAGAACUCCUGCUGAUUGGUCCAGCUCCCCGUUUCAUACGUUAUUUUCCGUCCUUAAUGGACAAUUGACCAUUUCAAUGGUCCUCCAGAAACUAUUUGCCUUAUUUUUACUUUUCAAUAGAAUGUUUGCACAUUUUACCUUUCUGUCUAUCAGAAAUUCUUUUGUGGACCCCAAAGGAUUACCGUUCCUUAGCAACGCUGGGAUGCAGAAAAUUGAUUUUCAAUUAGGUAGGAGCAUGCAGUACUUGUUUAACCUUCUUGGAUCUUCCCUGACAUUCUUAAUAAUUCUGUACUGUAUUAAAGUCACAAUUACUGUCAGUCAUUUGUGUUUAGGUGAAAAAACAACGUUCUUUAUACUUUUUAGGGCAUGUUUUCUUUCUUAAAUGUACAAGGCACUGUAUGCUAUCAAAGAUAAUUCUCACGUAAUGUAUACUGUGUGUUAUUUUUGUGUUUUGAAGAAAGCUAUUGUUUUUUGUGGUGAAAAGAAUCCAGAGUUUUAGAAAUUCAGGGGGACGAGGUGAGUUAAGAUUAUCCCAGCAGGUAAAGAUGCUCUUCACUUAUGACUUAUAUUUUUGUAUCUAAAUUGUUUAUUCCAAGAUGUUAAUGCCCGGUUUCACAGACAAGGAUUAAGGCUAAUCCCAGACUAAAAUGAAUGUUUGAGCAGUCUUAACUGAAAAUAACUCACCUUAAAACAACUUAAAGUAUAUCAGCGCCAUUGUUUUGUCUCAAGAUGCACACCAGUUAGGUUUUUUACUAGGGCAUUUUUAUAAAAGUAGUUUAAAUAUCUUAAUUUCACUAAGGGUUAGUCCGGGUUUAAACUAAACCCUGUCUGUGAAACCGGGCCUAUAUAUACGUAUAUAGAUUGAUUUUGUGCGUAUAGACUGAUAAAUGAUGCUAUAAAGCUUGGGGAUUAUUUUUGUACAAAGGUCGACUAAUGUAUACACUACUGUAGCUCUGAAAGCACAUGUAAUGAACUAGCACAGAUGUACCAUGAUUCCAUUGAUGCAAUGAUAUAAUCCAAGGUUUAUUUGCUCCUUUUUGCAUGUUUGCAAUGACUGAACACAUAUUAUGUAUCUACAGUAUAUGGUCUUUGCAUAAUGAUGCAAAUGAGCUUUUUCUCUUCUUGAAGUUCAAAGUAGGCAAGAUGUUACAGAAUGCCCAAAAUGUUGUGAAACAGUGGUUCUCAACUGGUGAGUCACGACCCAAAACUGGUUGCAGGUUUGUUUUGAUAGGAUCACAGCUGGGGAAAAUUAUUCUGAAUGCAGUAAAUCACAGAAUCAUUUAUACUGAGAACAACAAUAUAAAUGCAGUAAAUGUACAAAUUUCUGCUGUUGCUUAGCCUUUAAAGUAUUGUCUAAUUUCCUAUUCACGUUAUAUUACAUUUAUUCAUUAAACAUUUUGCAUGUUAGGCCUGUGUUGUUAUUAAAUUUAGUGUCAGUAUUAAUUUAAAAUUUAGUGUCAGUAUUUUGAUUCUCUGUUGGUUGUUAAAUCUCAAUGUUAAAUCUAAGUCCUGAUGCAAACCAUUUGAGAACCACUGUCAUAAAAUCAUGUUGAAAAGGAACUUUUGCUCACAAUGCAAUUCAAAUCUGUAGCAAACGAGAACAGCUAUAAAUACAAACCUACAUUCACCAAAAAAGUUAUGGUAUUGUAAAACAUGUCUUAAGUGAUGUAUCCUUAACUAAUGAUGUUUGACGAGACAUAUGUAGCUUUUUAUGUCAAAGGUCUCUGUAAUUUCCAGACACUUAUUUUUUGGAGUCUUUGUAUGGACUACAAGAUUACUUUCUUGUAUAAAAAUGAAUAUAACUCACAGAAUUCAUUUCUUGGUGAAUGAAUGAGACUUGAGGUACUGUUGUUCUAUCACGUUAAUAUCUAUUACUGUAUAAUCUUUACUGUAUGAAGACGAGUUGUCCUCACCUAGUGUUUUAGACGCUUUCAACAACACACAAAAAAUUCAAUCCUAGUAGAAAUAUUUGCUUCUAGACGGUUGACUAGCAUUGUGGCAGUGAACUGGUGCAUCUCUAUGUAGCAUGGUUUUCAGUCUCUCAGAUAUGGCGUUAGUUGCGCUGAGAUUCACUGUUUGGGUAUUUGCAGUAUCCAAAGUUUGUUCCAGUGCUGUUUUUAAUAUCCUGUUGAUAAAUGCAGAACUCAAUGGUAGCACAACUGAGUGUUCAAUGUAUCAAUGCUUAGACUUGUUUCUAUAAGGCAGUGCAUGCCUCACAGUGACUUCUUUGUCUUUAAAAUAAAAAUGUGGUAUUUGUCCUGCACUCUAUUAGGAGGUUUGUUACUGUUUUGUUUGGAAUGUUGCUUUUUACAUUAAUAUAGUAAUGUGAACUUAUAAUUGUACAUCAAAAGUAGCCGACUAAUGAUGAUGAAUAUAGUCAGAUAAAGAGCAUAUUUUAUGUUUUGGACGAGACGAACACAAGCUAUUUUUCAACACUCUUCGACUCAACACUUGUAAAUGAUGUAGUAUUUACAGACUGCAUAUGUGCAUGUCCGUUGCAGUAGAGAUUCUGCAUGCAGAGUGAUAGAAACCAGUGUUAGAUUUUAGCACAUGUAACAAUUGUGUACUAGAUCUACAGUAGCAUGAACUGUCCAAAUCUGCAACUCACCCGAAAUGGUUGUUAAAAUUCCAGUUUGUUCUGUUGCAAUGUGAAAUCUGUUUUGUGUUUAAGAUCUUUAAAGGCUGAUGUGAUUUGUGUUCUGUUGUCUUAUUAAGUCAGUAUUUGUUGUUGUAUUUUAUUAAGUCAGAGUUACUUUGUGGAUAAAACCAAUAUAACUUAAAAUUGGCCAUACUUUUUCCAAACCAGUCCAGUGUCUAUCAUCUGUUCAGUCUCACAGUUUGAGUUGUUUUGAGAAUGAUAUAUUUAGGACAUGUGUCAGUGGAGCUUUACUGGGAUCUGGAGAGUAAUAAAUGUAUGGAAGUGUUGAUGACGUUGUGGCACUGCUGCUGCUUGUGUGUACAGUAUGCGGUCGUGUAAUUGUAACUGUUCUGUACUGUGUCUUUGACAUGUUUAUAUGUUGUCCUGCCUUAACAGGCAUUUAUGUAAAAGAUAUAAUAAAGUUUCGAGUAUUUUGCUAAUCAUGUAUAUUUUGUAAAUGAACAGGCAACAAUAAAGUAGUUUAUCAAUAGCAUCCUGA